AUGUCAACGCCAUCAAGUAAAGAUAUUGCAUCUUUAAUAAUCCAAUUUUUAAAAGAUUCAGUCAAAAACAAAUCUAUUUCUGAAGAUUAUUUCGAUUCUAUGGAUGUUGCAAUUGAUUGCAUAUCCGAUGCUUUUGAAGUUGAUCAAAAUGCUGUAGGUGGUGGUAAAACAUUACAAGAAUUAUUGAAAGGUGGUGCUGCUACUGAAAUAAAAGAAGUUAAAAGUGAAGAUUCACAAGUCUCAUCAGAGAUUAAAGCUAAAGCUGAUGAAUUAAAAGUUGAAGGCAAUAGAUCAAUGGCUCUCAAAGAUUAUUCAGCAGCUAUUGAAAAAUACACAGAAGCUAUUAAACUCGAUCCUUCAAAUUAUGUUUAUUUAUCAAAUAGAGCAGCUGCUUAUUCAUCAAAUAGACAACAUGAUUUAGCUAUAAUAGAUGCUGAAAAAGCAAUUGAAUUAAAUUCAAAUUUUUCAAAAGCUUAUUCCAGAUUAGGUUUAGCUAAAUAUGCAAUUGGAGAUGCAAAAGGAUCAAUGGAAGCAUAUAAAAAUGGUUUAGAAGUUGAAGGUGAUUCUAAAUCAGAAGCAAUGAAAAAAGGUUUUGAAACUGCAAAAAGAAGAGUUGAAGAAGAAUUGGAAAAUUCAAUUCAAACAAAAGAUGAACCAAAAGAAGAAAGCUCAUCAAAUGCUAGUGGUUCUACUGGUGGUAUGCCAGAUUUCAGUUCAAUGUUUGGUGGAGCCGGUGGAGCUGGUGGAGCUGGUGGUAUGCCGAAUUUUGCCGAAAUGAUGAAUAAUCCACAAAUCAUGCAAGCAGCACAAGAAAUGAUGAGUAAUCCAGCAGCAAUGCAAAACUUGUUUAAUAAUCCAGCUAUUAAACAAAUGGCUCAAAAUUUAGGAUUGGGAGGUGAAAAUGGAAAUGGUCCUGAUUUAUCAAAUUUAAUGAAUAAUCCAAUGUUAUCACAAUUUAUGAAUAGAGGUAAUAAUAAUAAUAAUAAUAACAAUAACAAUAACAAUAACAAUUCAAAUAAUAAUGAAAGUAACGAAUAA